ACUCUUGAACUUUAUUCACAUUCUCCAGUCUCCACCUCCAUCUCUAGAGCAAAAGAGCAGCUCAUCUCAUUUCUCAUAAAAGAAGGAAAGCCCAUCUCCUCCUCCUUCACAUCCAUCCCUUCAUAUCAGAGCUCCAAAUCUGCAAGAAUGGCAAGAGCUACAGGUUUAUACAUUUGUCUUUUUAUACUUGCCAUGGAUGUUGUGGCAGGAAUACUUGGCAUUGAAGCUGAAAUCGCACAAAACAAGGCAAAACAUAUAAGGGUGUCGAUUUUCGAGUGUAAAGAACCAAGCCAUGGUGCAUUCAAGCUAGGGUUGGCAGCAGCAUCAAUUCUGGCUCUAGCGCACGUAAUUGCUAACUUGCUGGGGGGUUGCGUUUGUAUUUGUUCCAAGGACCAGUUUUUGAAAGCUUCGGCCAAUAGGCAAUUACAAGUGCUUUGCCUCUUCCUUUUAUGGAUCAUAGCAGCGGUCGGAUUGUUGAUAUUGAUUAUAGGGGUAUUGGCAAAUUCAAAAUCAAAAGGCUCAUGCGGAUUCUCACACCGUCAUCUCAUGUUCAUCGGAGGUAUAUUAUGCUUCUUUCAUGGAUUAUUUUGUGUUAUUUAUUAUGCUUCUGCCAAUGCUGCUAAGGGUGAAGAAGAAAAACGAGGCCACAGAGGCAGCCGCAGCACAGGUGGUGCUUAGAUGGCCAAAGAAGCCACCAUGGACCUCACUCUCACCCUUGAACGAUUUUUUAAGGUCCCAUCACCAAUCCACAUUAUUCAGAACCUCCACCUUGUAAUUAAACCCAUCAUGCUUUACCGAAAAAAGAUUUGUAACUCAUCAUGUGCCUGUAUAACCUGGUAGAGAUUAUAUUACUAUUAAUUGAUUUUGUUUGAUUGUUGAGAAAUUUUGUUAUAAACAACGUUGGUGCGAAAAAAAAUUAUAACCUUA